AUGAGCGAAUACAAAAACUUCGCUUUGAUGCUGCAGCAUUCCGUUCAAGCGAUCCAGUACGCCCAUUUCUUCUCAAUGCAAGCUUUUAAAAUGAGGAAGGAGUUGGCCGACAAGAUUAGGGAGGUUGCUGGUUUACAGAAGACCAUCAAAAAGGCCGAGGUAAAGAUGAAGACCUUGUCAGACCAGGCUGAGGCAGCCAUUAAAGCUAAAGAUGAGGCCGAAGAAAAAACAGAUGCUGUAGAGGCCAUUAAGAAGGUUCUUGAGGCCCAAAAGAAAGAGGUCGAAGAAAAGAUGGCCGCGGCCCAAAAAGAACUUCAGGAUGCCUUGGUCACAAAAGAGGCCAAGAUCCAGGCCAUUGAUGAGAAGGCGUAUGUUGAGGGGGCGGCCGACGUCAAGGAGGAUUACAAAAAACAAGUGAAGCAGGCAUGCAACAAGGGUUUCACUAUUGGUUGGAUGACUGCCCUCAAAAAGCUUGAUGUCCCCGAGGACUCCCCCCUCAAGAAUGCCGACGAUAAGAAGGGUGAGGUCUCUAAAGAUGCCUCCUCUCAGAAGACAAACUCCGAGGUGCUAAUCGUCGAGAAAAGCCUCGAUCAAACUCUUCAGGAGAUUGAUGCUGAGCUCGCGGCUGAGAAAGCUGCUGAGAACUCUUCCCAACUGUCUUUUGGGGGUGAGACACAACCUGCCGCCGACGCCGAGUAG